AAGAAUAGCACGAAAACAAGUUUUAGUGGGUUUUACACAUGAAUGCAGUAAAAAUAUAUUAUCCUGAAAUCUUUGAAAUGAUCCAUUUUCGAAACUUCGGUUCCUUGGUCUUGACCGCUCAAACUGAGACCAUUCACCGAAAUACUUCACACAGACUUUUUAAUACUUUUUAAUAAUAAUCACUUUUUAAUAAAAGUUGACUAAGAGAGAUUCAAGUAUUAAUACACUUUCGAAGCGCGAUUAAACCUAUUUGACGUAGGAACCGCGGGUUGCGAGGUAAACCCGGAUUGCCUCAUUCAGAUGACCCGUUUCUAGUAACACGCUUCCUAGAAAAAAUGUCUCGUACCUCGUUGUUAUUAUGAAUUGACUACGACCAUCCUAAUAUGCAGAGCCUGUGGCUGUAGUGCCAGGCCAUGAGCACAUCAGAUGGCAAUCAGACACAAGGCCUCUAUGCACAAAUUUUGUUGUCUUUUUUAUCUCAGUAUAACAAUACAAGCGAACUUACUUGGGACGAACAAGAGCCGAUCCUUCAAAGUGUUUUGGGCUCAGUACCAUUUGCGCUAUGUGCAGAUGGGUCAGAGCAGGUCAAAGACCACCAGAGCGAGCUACUAGGUGGAGGCCAAGAACCGGCUAGACGGCGGAGUCCGCGUAAGCGACAACGUCGAGGAAAGCGUCGAAAGGAGCGUCGCGGACAGACGAGGCGUCCAAGCAAAGGUGAAGAAUCAACCAAACAUGAACGACUAAGUAGGAAUGAACGAUCUGGCAAAAAUCGAAGGCCACGCAGGCUAUAUGAGCAACUACCCAAAGAUAGACAACAGUUUAAUGCACAGCGGCAAGCUCAGCUUUAUGAUAUGCUUUAUGAUGAAGACCAAGACAGGCAGCAAGCCCCAUGCCAAAACUGGCCUGAAGACCAAGCCCAGCCGCACGAUGAGGUCAAGUAUUGUAUUCACCCCAAAAAUCAGGUCAAACAGCAGGUACAAACGGAAAAGCCAGCUUUACGCCAUGCUCAAGCUACAUGGGAAGAUAAGCGCAUUACCCAGGCCAACUAUCAGGACAAAGUUGGGCAAUCGACGGAAGCGGAAAUCGGAACCAAACAUCAGGCCGGGGUCGGCCGUUAUGGCCAAUUUGCACGCAGCGCACAGGCGGAAAAGCGAACUAAGGCCGAGUAUGGAUUUCAUGAUAGAUUUCUGAUCCAAGCCAAGCGUCGGGCCCAUAUCCAACGCCGAGCACAGAAACAAGGUGAUCGGAGCCCACGUCCCAAGUUUCGAGUACAGAAGAGAUCCGGCAAAUUUGGAGUUUACAGCCCACUGUUCCUUGAGCAAGCUGAAAUUCAGACCAACAAUGUUAACAUGGUCGUCGACGCUGUGCUGUCUCAACUGUUGGAGUGUCCGGAAGUUCGACAUCUCAUCGACCCGCUAAAAAUCGAAGGGCAUAUACCUAUUGACAAAGAAGGAAACUACGUCAACCAGAUCGUGAUUAAGGGAUUGACAACUUUUGGCCGAACAGCCGAUGCUCUUUUGGCAGUUCUCGACGACGGGUCCAUCACAGUCGAAGCAGGAAUGGGUAUCAAAAUGAUCGACACUACACUAGCAUACCACUACAAAGUGGGAAGCUGUGGCUGUGCCCUUUCCGGAAUAAUUGGCGCUAAACUUGAUGGGGCAAAGGUGAACAUGAAAAUCAGGUUCAAGGGGUUCGUUCCGUCGUUGGUGUCUCUAGAUGUAGACUUUGGAGAUCCUGAAGUUAUCAAAUUUACUGGCACCUCGUUCCUCUUCAACUGGUUGACAAAGCUAAUUGUCAAUAAGGUGAUCGCGUCCCGCAAGGAAAAGAUCCGCCAACAUAUCAUAGCGGAAGCCAGUGAAAAGCUGUCAGUGUUCCUCGCGAAGCUUGACCUUUUCGCCCUCCUACGUGACAAGAUUGUGGCGUUCUAGUAACAGUAUAAAGCGAAACUGAGAAAUAGCCAUGCAAUGAACAGCCGUUACGAGAGUUCUUGGGACGACUGAGGCCACGCUGUGCUUGCUGCGCAUUGUACGUAUACCCUAACAAGUUUAAGGAGAUGUACUUGACCGCAGUCCGUCCAGCUCGAAUUGACUCUUACCCUAUUCAGAUAUGAUAACUGAUUUACGUGAUGACUAUAUACCGGCUGGCCAUUCCAGCUGAUGUGACUGAGCGUUUGAAUGUACCUUUUGUAGUUUACGUAUCAGUAUGUAAAUUUCGAUGUGUUGUCGAAACGAUGACAGCUCGAUGAUGACUUGUCAUUUAUGUAAAUAAUGUAACGUAAAUAAAUGAAAAGAAAUAAAGCGGCAUUUUAGAUGACCAUGACUUGAGUUCUAUGUUCUAACGGGAAAUAAUAGUAGAUAUGAUCGUCGAACGUAAUGUAACUGGGUAACUUUGCGAUUUCAUAGGAACUCGGAAUAACGCUGGGUUAAAAGCAAGUUUAGAAGCUUGAAGAAGCAGAUUUCUAUCGCAAUACCGCGGAAUCUUGAUGGUUGUUUAAGAUGAUUUUUUCCUUUGGAAAUCAAAGCAAGUAAUGCCCAGAUCCCACGGGUAGGUACGAGGCCUUCCUGUGAGCAAGUGUUGAAAAGAGCAGCCCAGCAAGAUGCCAGAAAUAGGGACCGCUUAAUGUAUGAGGACCACAUAUUUUGUAUGUAUUGUGCAUAGUCUCAUGAUGGCAAACAGUACACCCUGAAGAUUUGCAAGGUAGGCAAAUGGCCUUUUGCCUUUCAUGCUGCAGCCAGGUGACCUGAUUGCACCACUUUGAGUUUGACUAUGUGGGUGAAUGAUGGCCUGCGAUGCCGAUCGGAGAAGCUCAUCAGAAAAAGUCGAUAUUUGCUCUUCAAUGUUGAAAGUAGAGAUCAGAAAUCCAUCACAUGACCGCUACCAAGAUUCUCCUGGCAUCGACGAGGUUUGCCGACGUUAAAUGCUUGUACGUGAAGCUUCGUAGCUACAGACAAACGGUGCCUGAAUUCGCCGCCUUCUU